AUGCAGGAGUGCUGGGGAAAGGAGAGCCUUUGUUUCAGCCACAAAGAUAUUAACAAAGGCAAGGCCCUCACCCAGUUGGAGGGAAAGGAGUUAGAAACUUGGGUGGUAAGCCUGCCCCCACCCUUCACUCUGACUUUGGCCUCUGCUUAUUAUUAUGGUUCAGCUUCUUCUCUCCUUAAGUCACUUUUGGCUUCUGUCUUGAUGAGCAGCAACACAGAAAGCGUAAACCUGUCCCUGGAACAUCAUCCUUUAGAGCCUGAAAUGGAAUACUUCUGGAAUAACCUUUCUCCUCGUGUCUGUACACAGCCCCAGAACCAGCAAUUCUGCAAGAGGGGAGUGGAAACUGAGGCCACAACCUAUAUUAGGGAGCCUUCCAAAACGCUCCUCCCUGAAACAAGCAGAGAAUUAACAAAACAUACUGCGAAGGAAGGGGGAGGUCUGGAUGUCAGGUUAGCCUCUUGUAGAGACUUGUCCUCAGCCACGUGCCUUCCUCAGUUAACAGAAACUCGCUGCCUUCGGCUCCAUGAGACAGGUCCCCUCGUCCACUCGCCACUGGAAUGGAAGCCAGACCUGAAAGCGGCCGGGCCUGCCAGCUGGGCGCCGUUCAGACAUCUGCGGGCAAUCAGGGGCCUCCUCAGUGCCGGCCCGCUCACGCCUGGCUUCACGCUAAGAAAAGCAAACCUCUCCUGUGACCACUGGUCUGUCACGUCCGCCAAGCCUCCCCCUCCCGCAGGAAGCUCUCCUGCCCACUCUGCACGCCUCGUGGGAUUGGCCUGGCCUCGCUGGCUCCCCCGUGCGGCGGCCCUGAGAACAGCACUGCUCUCCGCGCUCCUGCUUCAGGAGAGCCCUUGUCAGCCCCAGUGCCCGCGGCUGUUCUCACCACUCGGCUGUAAACGCACUCCUCAGGAGACCAAGCGAGCUUUAUCUUUCUGCUGUGAGAGGGGAGCCAUUGGACCUCCUCUGAAACUGGAGUUUAUGGAAAGACUCAUUGAGCUCUAG